AUGAUUCCAGAAUCCUUACCAAUUAACUUGGUAAAGGACUUAAUUUUUGAAAAAUUAAAAGAAAAACAAUGUUUGAUAUUGGUGGGAACAACAGGCAGUGGAAAAUCAACAUCAGUGCCAAUAUGGAUCUACACCAGUUUUACAAACCCAAAACAAAAAUUAGUAGUUACACAACCGAGAAGAGUUGCAGCAAUUUCACUCGCAAAAUAUGUAGCGAAACUUACAAAUACAGAACUCGGUACCACAGUUGGAUUCAACGUGAGAUUCCUAAACAAAUCAACUGAAUCAACCAGAAUUAAGUAUGUAACAGAUGGAAUAUUAAUGAGGGAAUCCAUUUCUGACCCACUUCUAUCAAAAUAUUCCGUAGUAAUAGUGGACGAGGUACACGAACGCUCAAUAAGGUCAGAUAUACUUCUCGGAAUUAUUAAACUAGCACUUGCAAAAAGGACUGAUCUGAAGCUUAUCGUAAUGUCCGCAACGCUAGAUUCCAAUGUGUUCAAUGAUUUUUUUCCAAACUCAGUUACAAUUAAUGUCCCCGGGAGGUUGUUCCCUGUUGAUAUAUACUACCCACCAGCACCCUUUGAAGAUUAUCUCGAGGCUGCAAUGAUAUCAGUUCUCCAAAUAAAUUUCUCGACCGAAACAGGUGAUAUACUGGUCUUCUUGCCAGGCCAAGAAGAUAUAGAAAUACUAGAGCGUCUUUUGAAGGAAAAGACCAGACAUUUACAUAAUACAAUGGAAUCAAUAGACUAUAAAAAAAUUAGCAACGUGUAUGUAAAGCUAGGAGACUUGAAGUAUAAAAUGAGUGGCUGGAAGUCACUGGAGAUAUGCCCACUAUACUCGGCACUAUCAUUAGAAAGGCAAAAUUUAGUAUUCAAAACCACCCCGCCAAAGUCCAGAAAGGUGGUUUUGGCAACAAAUAUCGCAGAAACAUCGCUCACAAUUCCGGGAAUCAAAUACGUAAUUGACACUGGCCUUGUUAAACAGAGAAAGUAUAACCCAAAGAAUAACUUUGAAUCGCUAACAGUUAACGUAACAUCAAAGUCAUCAGCUAAGCAGAGAGCUGGAAGGGCUGGAAGAGAAUGUCCAGGUGAGAUAUACCGUCUUUAUACACUUGAUUCUUACGAAAAAAUGCCUCAAAACACCACCCCUGAAAUACAUCUUAUCGACUUCUCAUUUGUUUUUUUACAACUUAAAAUGGUUGGAAUUAAGGACAUUUUCGAGUUCCCGUUCAUUGACCCUCCCGAUAAAGGAUCAAUACUAUCAUCUGCCUUGAACUUAUACAGACUUGGAGCACUGGAUUCUGAGGGGAAUUUAACAGAACCAGGGAAGAUGAUGGCACAAAUACCGCUGUUGCCAAUACAUUCUAAACUAUUAAUCACAUCAUUUGAGUUCUCCUGUACUUCUGAAAUUUUGACAAUCGUCUCCAUUCUGUCAUCAGAAAUUGCACUUUUCGAUACAGAAAAGUUUAAUCCUGAGGGAGUUAAGCUAAGAUCAAACUUGUAUAAUAAGUACGGAGACCACCUAACACUCCUGAACAUAUAUAACCUUUGGGAAAACGCAAAUUCUCGAGAAAUAUUUUGUAAACAAUUUGCUGUAAAUAAUCACGCGUUUACUAGAGCAAAGGAUAUUCGAAAUCAACUUGUAUCACUAAUAACCUCUGAACAAUUCGGAGUAAAAAACAUAUCGAGAUUGACCGAUUCGUCGAGCUGGGAUCAGGUCAGAAAGUGUUUAACAAAGGGAAACUGGACCAAUUCAGCUAAAUUUUGCCCUGAAUCAAAAUCUUACAACACAUUGGUCAAUAAUCAGUGUGUAUAUAUACAUCCAUCAUCGGUAAUGUUCAAUAGACCUACAUUUCCAGGAUAUGUUGUUUUCAACGAUUGUAUAUUAACAAAGAAAAAUUAUAUUCAAAAUGUAACGGAAAUUUCUGACCAGUGGUUAUCUACAUAUGUACCAAAUUUCUUUAAACCAAACUCUGUAAAACAAAACAGUAUAGAAUUAUGUACCUAA